AAAAGAAUAACUCUGGAAUAGAUAUUUCAGCAUAGCCUAAAAAGGAAUAAUCUCACCCGAGGUGGAAGUCUAUACAUUCUCGACUUUUCAAGUGACUGAGCAUGUACAGGAUUUAAGAGUCAUCAGAUGUAACUGUUAAGAUAACAAAUUCAGGCUGUGAAUAGAUGGCAAUGGGUCUAUGAUCUUACUCUUAAAUUGGUAAGUCCACAAUGCCUGUGAAUCGUUUGGAGACUCUGUUGCACUGUUGUAUCAAAUCAAAGGUCUUGAAACCAGCCAAGCAAAUUCAUUCCCAGUUAUUAGCUACUGGAAUUGAAAUGGAAUAUGGGUAUUUGAGUUCGAAGCUUGUAGGAGUUUAUGCGGGUUGCGGGGAUGUCAGUUCUGCGGCGAAAAUCUUUGAGUCGAUAAAGAAACCAAGUGUUUUUGCGUGGAAUUGGAUGAUUUCAGCUUCAGCUUUUCAAGGAGACUGUGAAAAUGCCUUAAAGUACUUCUGUCAGAUGCAAAAAGCUCAAGUUUUUCCAAAUAAGUAUACAUUUUCUUGUGUUCUAAAAGCUUGUGUAGGUUCAAUGGAUAUAAGGAAAGGAAGGGAACUUCAUUGCAUGGUAAUUAAAAUUGGGUUUGGUUACGAGGUGUCAGUGAUGAAUUCACUGGUAGAUAUGUACAGUAAAUGUGGGGAACUAGAAUUUGCUCGCAAGUUGUUUGAUGAAAUGAGGGACAAAAAUGUUGCUACUUGGACGUUGAUGAUUUGUGGGUAUUCUCAUAAAGGAGAACUUGAAGAAUCUUUAGAACUUUUUAAGCAAAUGAAGCUGCAAGGAUUUGAGCCAAAUGAGUUCACAUGGAAUGCAGUGAUAACAGGUUUUUCCCAAAAUGACUGUGAUAAAGCUUUUGAACUCUUCUGUAAAAUGAAAGCAGGAGGAAUUACCCCAGACUUGGUUACUUGGAAUGCGAUGAUUUCAGGUUUUACCCGUAACUAUCAAAGUGAAGUAGCUUUGAUGUUAUUCAGAGACAUGUUGAUUUUAGGACCUCAUCCAAAUUCAGUCACCAUUGCUGGGCUUCUACCUGCAUGCGGCUUUAUAGGCUCGCUACAUGCAGGAAAAGCAAUACAUGGCUUGAUCCUCAGAAGGAAACUUGGUAUGAAUAUCUUUAUGGUUACAGCUCUUAUCAACAUGUAUUCUAAGUGUGGAAGUGUGAAUUAUGCCUUGAACGUGUUUGAUCGGACACCAAAGAGUGAUGUCGCAGCCUGGAAUGCCAUGAUUGGGUGUUACGGAAAGCAUGGAAUGGUUCCAGCUGCAAUCAAAUUGUUUGAGAGAAUGCAGGAAGAAAAUGUGCAGCCAAACCAAGUCACGUUUACUAGUGUUCUUUCUGCUUGCAGCCAUGGCGGUUUGGUCGAGAAGGGUUUGGAGAUAUUUUUGCAUAUGAAAGAGAAGUCCGGAAUUGAGUUAUCACAAGAACAUUUAGCUUGUAUGAUCGAUAUUUUAGGCCGUUCAGGGAGACUAACAGAAGCAUAUCAACUGGUGAAGGGAAUGGGUGAAGAGAUAAAUGAGUCUAUUAUCGGAGCUUUCCUAAACGGAUGCAGAAUCCAUGGAAGAAGUGAUUUAGCUAUGGGAAUGGCAGAAGAAAUUCUUGGGAUGGAUUUGAAAAAACCAGGAGGCUUUGUGACUUUGUCAAAUAUUUGUGCUGCUAAUGGAGAGUGGGAAAUGGUGGAGAAUGUGCGGGAACUGAUGAAGAAAAAGAGGGUCCAUAAGAAAGCUGGAUCUAGUUGGAUAGACGAGAAAUAUGGAUUUCUUGGACUCUAAGCAGGAAAAACUGAAAAAACUUGUCAGAUACAUCCAAUUGCAGUUCUUCAGUAUAUCACAAAAAUGGUUCUGAACUUGAUACCAAAAAAUGGGAUCAACCCACUGUACCAUAAAAGAACAAAAAGGCAGUAUAAUAGCUUGAUUUUGUCAGCACCAUGAAGUAGGACUAUAACCUCAAUUACAGUAUUACAGUGUAUGCUAUCAUCCAUAAAUACUAGAUUACUGCUGCAGCAGUGAAGGCCGACGAUGAA